UGGUCUGCUCCUACGUCACAAUGAGAGCAGAUAUAGUAAGUAAAGCUUGCUGCUUCCUCAGUCAGUUUAAACUCCUCCGGUGUUGGUAGUUACAGUAUACCAGGAACCAAAAGAGAUCCGAUUAAAACCAUUUGGGUUUCAAUUUGACAAUAUUGCUUUGCCGACAUGGGAGUUAAAGCGAGCCGAAUUCAAACAGCAGGCGUUGACUUUCAGAGGAACGAGCUCAAAGAGGAUUCAUACAGAGUACAGAAUCGCAACAGUUUAGCGGACUUUCUCAGUCGUUUGAACAACAGCGUCCAAGAUGAUGGAAACGAACCCUACCCGAACCGAGGCCGUUUUAAACAGGAGCAGACCAGGUCCAGUAACUAUGCCAUUAGCGCGGCUACCGGUACUGCAUCAGAACCUGGUAACCACCAACGCUGUAGCGCUAUUAAUAACAACAUUAGCGUUCACGUUAGCCACAGUGACCGGACCGGGACCGACAAAGCUCAUCGAACACAUCUAAGGUUACCAGCCAGUGGUGUCCCCGGCAACAGAUCUGCUUCCCCCCGGAAAAAUCAUGGCCGACACGGCAACAGUAACACUGCUGUGAAGUGCCUGUUUUGUACCAAGCCUUUCCCUGCUAGUCGAUUUGAAGAACACGUUCUGAGCUGCCUAAGAAAAAAAACAAGACUGCCCUACAACAUUGACAGUUUGGGGAGAGAUGCUGGGGAGUGCUCUAUUUGCCUGGAGGAUCUGAAGCAGGGAGACAUGAUCGCCAGACUGCCCUGUCUCUGUGUGUAUCACAAGAGCUGUAUCGAUUCCUGGUGUAACAUCAAGCCUUCCUGUCCAGAGCACCCCUUCGACUGAACAUCUCCCUGGAGUCUGAAAUGAAUCCUGUUCAAGACAG